ACGCUUUAUAUAUAAUUUUAGAAAACACACAAAAAGCCAUCAUUCUUCCCUCUUUUGUUGUUUUACUUUUUUGUGCAAAAAGUUGGGGGUAGAUGGGGUUUUUUUGAGAAAAAAAAAACUUUUUUUAUUUUUUUUUUUUAAUUUUUUAGUUAAAAAAAAAUAAUUUAUAUAAAGAGGUUAUAAACAUAAUAUUUUUUUUAAUAAAAAUCCGUGCGGGAUCUGUAAGGAAACUAAUAUAUACGUAUACAAAAUUGGGGUAUCAUGGAGCCCCUCUGGAAGCGGCUACUUUUUGCCGCUGUAUUAGCUGGAGCGUUAGUGGGAAUUAAUGCUCAAUUUUGGAAAACUGCCGAUACUGGAGCUAUCUAUAACUCCGCCAAACAUUAUAGACCUGAAGUCGAAGCUCCCAGAAAUCCCAUUGAUGAUAGUUAUGCUGUAAUUGAUAGCGCUACAACCACCCGUACCGGUCAAGUACCCUCAAAUUGUACUAGCGGUACAGUCGGUUGCAUACCAAAAUGUUUUGCUGAAAAAGGUAACCGUGGUCUUCAAGGUGCCAUCGGUGCUCCCGGUCCUAAGGGUAUGCCUGGUUAUCCCGGUCCCGAAGGUCCUCCAGGUGACAAGGGUCAAAAGGGUGAUCCCGGUCCAGAAGGUCCUCGUGGUCUUAAGGGUGAACGUGGUACGGCUGGUAUUCCCGGUAUGGCUGGUGUGCCUGGUAUUCAAGGUAUUGCUGGUAAUCCCGGUGCCCCUGGUAUUCCUGGUAAAGACGGUUGUGAUGGUGAAAAAGGUUUACCCGGUGUUACCGGUCUCAGCGGUAUGACUGGUCCUCGUGGUUAUCCUGGUCAACCCGGCGCUAAGGGUGAAAAAGGUGAACCUGCUAAGGAAAAUGGUGAUUAUGCUAAGGGUGAAAAAGGUGAACCCGGUUUUGCUGGUCGUUCUGGUAAUCCUGGUCCCGAGGGUCCUAUUGGUCCCAAAGGUGAUCGUGGUGAUACUGGUGCAUAUGGUCCUCCUGGCCAACGUGGUGACCGUGGUCAAAAAGGUGAAAAGGGUGCUCCCUGUUUUGCUCGUCCCCAACCCGGUAAGAAAGGUGAAAAGGGUCAAAAGGGUGAACCUGCUCGCAAACAUAAAUUGACUGGACAAGAAACGUACAGCGGCGAACGUGGUGAGAAAGGUGACAAAGGUGAUACUGGCCCCGCUGGUAUUAAGGGUGAAGUCGGUUUCCAAGGUGAACCUGGUCGUGAUGGUAUGAAAGGUGAAAAAGGUCUUCCUGGUCCUUCUGGUGAUAGAGGUCGUCAAGGUAGUUAUGGUCCUCCUGGUCCUGCCGGUCAAAAGGGUGAUCGUGGUGAUACUGGUUUGAAUGGCUUGCCUGGUAAACCCGGUCAAAAGGGUGAACCUGGUCGUCCCGGUCAACCUGGUGAACGUGGUCUUGUUGGUCCUCCUGGUCCCCCAGGUGGUGGUCGUGGUUCUCCUGGCGCUCCAGGUCCUAAAGGUCCCCGUGGUUACACUGGUGCUCCCGGUCCUAAAGGUUUGGAUGGUUUUGAUGGUCCUCCUGGUCCCCAAGGUUUGCCUGGUGCUAAAGGUGGCCCCGGUGUUCCUGGUCACAAUGGUGUUGAAGGUCCUCCCGGUGAAAAGGGUGAGAAAGGUAAUCCAGGUCGUGAAGGUUCAAUGGGUCCUCAAGGCCCUACUGGUCACACUGGUCCCCCAGGUCCUGAAGGUCAAAAGGGUGAAGCUGGUCUUCCUGGCUAUGGCGAAAGAGGCUUAAAGGGUGAUGAUGGUAUUCCUGGUAUGCCUGGCGCAAAGGGUCAAAAAGGUGAACGUGGUUUCCCUGGUAAUGUCGGUGCUCCUGGUGACUCUAAAUUAGGUCGUCCUGGUACUCCUGGUCGUAUUGGUGCUCCUGGUCAAAAGGGUGAUGCCGGUCGUCCUGGUCUCCCAGGUCAAAAAGGUGACAUGGGUCCUAAAGGUGACAUUGGUGGUAAAUGCUCUAGCUGUCCUUAUGGUCAAAAGGGUGACAAAGGUGAACGUGGUGCUGAUGGCGCUCCUGGUCAACCUGGUCUUCGUGGUCCUCCUGGUGAACGUGGUUACCCUGGUGAACGCGGUGCUGAUGGUAUUGCCGGUCCUCCCGGUGCUCCUGGUGAAAAGGGUAAAGACGGUCUUCCCGGUGCCCCUGGUCCAUAUGGUGCCCCUGGUAAAGACGCUCUUAUUGACUUGAACCAAAUCGAAGCUAUAAAAGGUGACAAGGGUGAACGUGGUUAUCCUGGUCCCGCUGGUCUUAAGGGUGAACGUGGUGAAAGAGGUGAACCUGGCAGAAAUGGCGAAAAAGGUGAAAUGGGUGCCAAGGGUGACAAAGGUUUUAUGGGUCCUCCGGGUUCUGACGGUACUCCUGGUACUCCCGGUAGAGAUGGUCUUGAUGGUAUUCCUGGUCAAAGCAUUAAGGGUGACACUGGUCGUGCUGGUUUUGAUGGUGCCAAGGGUGACAAAGGUUUCUCUGGACCCCAAGGUGAAAAGGGUGAACCUGGCUCAUGUGCUGUUGAUAUGCUUCAAGUACCCGCUAAAGGCAACAAGGGUGAUCGCGGUCUUCAAGGAAAUCCUGGUCCACAAGGUGUUCAAGGUAUAAAGGGUGAUGCUGGCAGACCUGGCGAGAAAGGUGAACGCGGUCCACAAGGUCCUGUAGGUCCAACUGGUGCUCGUGGUUUGACUGGUCCUCGUGGUGAAAAGGGUAACCAAGGUCCAAUUGGUGCUCCUGGCAAUCCCGGUAAAGACGGUUUCAAUGGUCCUCCCGGUAGAACCGGUGCCCCUGGUCAAAAGGGUGAAAUGGGUAUUGCUGGUAUUGGUCCUCGUGGUCCUCAAGGUCGUCCUGGCUUGCCAGGUGAGAAAGGUGAACGUGGUCCCACUGGUAAUUAUGGUCCCCCCGGUAAAGACGGUCCUCCUGGUUAUCCUGGUGACAAGGGUGAUGCUGGUUAUCCUGGUGCCCCUGGUAUGCCUGGUGUUGAUGGUGCCAAGGGUGAUAUGGGUCCAAUUGGUCCUCCUGGUCCACAAGGUCCUCCCGGUAUUCCUGGUGUUGAUGGUGUGCAAGGUCGUGAUGGUGCCAAGGGUGAACCUGGUAAUCCCGGUUUGGUCGGUAUGCCUGGUUUGAAGGGUGAACGCGGCGCUCCUGGUAAUGAUGGUCCUAAAGGUUUCCCCGGUGUUACUGGUCAACCUGGUAAACGUGGUCCUCCUGGUCCAGCUGGUAUUCCCGGUGCCAAGGGUGACAGAGGUGAACGUGGUUUAACUGGUAGGGAUGGUUUGACUGGUCCUAGAGGUCCUCCCGGCCCUCCUGGUUUGAUGGGUGUUAAGGGUGAUUUGGGUCCAGUUGGUCCUCCCGGUGCUGACGGUAUUCCCGGUAUUGAUGGUGAAAAGGGUGAUCGUGGUUUCACU